AUGGCCACAUCCAGUGCGCAGCAGACCCCCUUUUUCUCCAACUCAGCAAACCAUGUGGGAAUCUUGCACGUGUGGAACUCCUCAGGGGGCGGAGCUGGAAGCGUCAACGUCUACUCUGAUCAGGAGAUCAUAAUUGGCCGCAGCAACAAGUUAUGUAACUUGGCACUUGAAGGAGACCUGGGUGUCUCCAACAAGCAUAUCCGCAUCUACGUUAUCAUCUUUGACCAGGGGAAUCCAGGAGAGGUGGGGCCCCUCGUAUACGCCCAAGACAUGUCUAGAAACGGGACCCGGUGGAAUGGGGUGCAUAUCAAGAAAGAAGACGCUGGCGUACUGCUAAGUGAUGGAGAUAGGUUGGGAUUGACCCCAAACACGAUUAUCACGUUCCAGACCUGGACAGAGAGGCAGCGUGAUAUUCCAUUUAGUGAGGUGCAGAAAAAGGAGAUGCAGCACUUUGAAAGGAGGUACAGAAUCACAAAUAGACUCCUUGGCUGCGGUGCAUAUGGAAGAGUCCAUAUGGCCAUAAGCACAAAGCAUAGGAAGCAGCUAGCUUGCAAAAUCAUUGAUAUUGGUAGCCUGAAGAGACGGCUAAGCCAAAUUGAAGUUGAGAAACGUACUGAAUUGCACGUUCCGCGCCCUGCUGCGGAUGUCGAUGCCUGGCAGGAGAUCGAGAAAAUCAAAGAUUGGGCUGAACGACGAAAUGAGACUAGCUACGUCAAGUCAAAGCUUCAAGUUUAUAAGCGGGAGGUGGAGAUCUUGAAGGAUCUAUUCCACCCAAAUAUCAUAUGCCUCGAGAAAGUGUUCCUGAGCACGAACACCAUCUACAUCUUUCAAGAACUGGUCACCGCAGGAGACCUAUUCUCGUUCCUGGAGUUUAAACAAUUUAACCUAUCCGAUCUCGAGGCCGCGGUAAUAGUGCGUCAAAUCGCCUUGGCGAUACGUUAUCUCCAUAGAAACAACGUUGUUCAUCGCGACAUCAAACCAGAUAAUGUCUUGAUGACGUCGCUUUCUGAUGGUGCACGCGUCGUCUUGACGGAUUUUGGCUGUGCUCGACGUCUCGAAAACGAGAGUAGUCGCAUGAAGACUUCGAUGGGGACACUGGAAUAUACAGCUCCUGAGGUCCCAAGAUCGACAUCUCCUGGUCGUGGAAUUGGGUACACUAAAGCUGUCGACAUGUGGUCCCUGGGUUGUCUCACUGUGGUCCUCUUAACUGGGGGGUCACCCUUCACACAUCCAGAGACGGGAAAAUACAGCGAAGAUAUGGCACUAAACUGCGAUCUGAGCACCCUCGAAAAGGAGGAAGACUGGCAGCACGUCGGACGACGCGCCAAAGACUUCGUUCGCAACCUCCUCAUUCUAGACGACAACGCUCGGAUGACAGCGCACGACGCUGUUUCGCACGCGUGGUUCACAAGCCCCACCUACAAGGAGGAAUUCGAGAAACUCUACCGGCGGGCGGUGAAGGACUGGCAUCCCCGCCUUUCCAUGAAACACCAGGUCGUAUCUGACGAGAACAUCGAGGACGGUAUAUGCACAAAACUCACGCAUUGGCGAAAGGUACCCGAAACGCCCAUGGAGUGGCCAUAUAAACCGUAUCCGAAUAAGAUUCAUCGGAUUCUUUACCCAGGGAAGCAGCCUGGAAAAGAUAUAUUGGCGCGCAGGGAUGAGAAGAAGGAGAAGAGAAUUUAUCCGUGGAGGAAUGACGACGGGCCACACGAGCGUGCUGGAUCGCCAACAUUUUCGGAUAUAGAGAAGCAGGACGUUCGUCGAAUGCCGUUACCCUCUGAUGUGGAGGAAGGUGAGAAUGAUAAUGCAGACACGGCUGAGAAAGUAGAGGCGGAGUCGAUCGACUCAUCCAAGCCAGAAAGUUCCAUUGAGCCAGCACAGAUAAAUGAUAGUGAUAAUGAUCACGGCGAAGAAAUGCAUGACCCCCGCAUCCGCAUCCGCAUGCCCUUCAGCCCGGACGCGUGGAAUGGAGAACAAAAAGUCCGCGAACAGCAAUACCAGCUUCCGGACCCCCUGCCAAUCCCGCCAGCGCACGUACCGAUGGCACUUCCCUACAUGCCUCAAUCACCCUCCUCCGCCUUCAGCCUCAAUCAGCUCAAUCUUGCACCCCAUGAAAUACUAGUCCUCAGUCCCGCAGGUAAUACAAAUAACGAGAACGGCCACGAUGGGAUCACACAGCCCCUAUCAGGAAUGAUCAAGAGUAAAGCUCAAGCAGGCGCUGGUGUGGACGAGGAAUUUGUGGAUCUCGCGCAACGGAUUCAGUUGCUGGAUGCUUACAAUCGGAGCCACGACGAUGCCAUUUGCGAUAUCAAGAAUACUAGCAAUCACAAUCAUAAUCGCCACGGCGGCAUUGGCAAUGGGGGUGGAAUUUUAUCGCCAUCACCGGUGGCCCCGAUGAGGCGGAAACGCGACAUCUAUGAUUUCCAGGGAGACGAUGAGGUGUUUGAGGAGAUUGUGGAUAGGAUUACUGGGAGGAAGCGGCGGGUCCCGUAUGGGAGGGAGCCCCACGCGUUUUGA